GGCAGGGAUGCUGCUGCCAUGGUAACAGCUGAGUCAUCCCAUGCCCUUCGAAGCGAUGCUCUCUUUUGCUGCUCAGAAGCUCGUAUGCGCUCUGCUCACCACAGGUGCCAUCUGGGAACAGCACCGGGCUGGCAGAUUGUGCUAGCCGGAUGGGUAACGUUUCUUCUGCGGUCAAGCACUGCCUGAGCUAUGAGACUUUCUUGCGGGAUUAUCCUUGGUAUCCACGGCUCCUGUGGGAAGAAAAGUGCGCUGAACUGCCUAAGCUUCCACGUUGUGUCAAAAUUGUGGAGGUCGGACCAAGAGAUGGACUUCAGAAUGAGAAGGAAAUAGUGCCAACAGAUGUCAAAAUCCAGCUGAUAGACAUGCUCUCUCAGACCGGGCUGCCCAUCAUCGAAGCCACUAGCUUUGUGUCUUCAAAGUGGGUAGCACAGAUGGCAGACCACACUGCAGUGUUGAGAGGGAUUAAAAGGUCUCCUGACGUUAGAUACCCUGUUCUGACUCCCAAUAUUCAGGGCUUCCAGGCAGCUGUUGCAGCAGGAGCUACUGAAGUGGCAGUGUUUGGUUCCGCCUCAGAGACUUUUAGCAGGAAGAACAUCAACUGCUCUAUAGAGGAGAGUUUGCAGAGGUUUGAGCAGGUCAUCUCUGCAGCCAAACGGGAAGGUGUACCAGUGCGCGGGUACGUUUCCUGUGCUCUCGGCUGUCCGUAUGAGGGACAAGUAAAGCCAUCACAAGUCACAAAGGUGGCAAAGCGGUUGUUUGAGCUGGGCUGUUAUGAGGUAUCCCUUGGGGACACCAUUGGCGUAGGCACCGCGGGCUCCAUGGCCGAGAUGCUGAGCGAUGUGUUGACAGAGGUGCCCAUCAGUGCUCUGGCGGUGCACUGCCACGACACUUACGGUCAGGCUCUGCCCAACAUACUCAUUGCUCUGCAGAUGGGGGUUUCUGUGGUCGACUCCUCGGUUGCAGGCCUCGGAGGGUGCCCGUAUGCCAAGGGAGCGUCUGGCAAUGUUUCAACCGAGGAUGUUUUAUAUAUGCUACACGGUCUUGGAAUUGAAACCGGGGUGGACCUGUGGAAAGUGAUGGAAGCGGGAGAAUUCAUCUGCAAAGCCUUAAAUCGAACAACUAACUCCAAGGUCAGCCAAGCUACUAAAAACAUCCAGCCUUUUCAUUCUAAGUGAAAAUACACACACGAGGUCUAAAACCACAUUCAACCAUUGCACUGUAAAUCUUCUGACGUUUGACCUCUGCUAAAUGCUUGUGCAGGUGAUGAUGCAGUAUUUAACUAAAUAAUACCCAUUAUACUAUAUUGUGCCUAUAACAGGAAACAUGGGCAUUUUAUGCCAAAGAAACGAGCCCAUACUAUUCAUGGUUUCUGUCAAACAGAAAACACUAAAAAUAGAUAGCCAAGAAAAGUUGACAUGACAUGAGGCCAAUGACCCCCUAUCUGUGAAAGUAAUUCUUCUUCUUUUUUUCUCAACUUACUGAAUCAUAUCCAGCUAUAAAUAGUUAGUUGUGGCAGAGUUCACAGCAGGUUCAAAGCACUACAGAGGUGCUUAUUACCUUUUCAAUAGUAUUAACCAUAAAUCUCUGACAAUACGGAAAUAGACACACGCAUUCAUUACAAACAUACGUUAAUAUGAAUAACUGAAAUAAAGAAUCCUUUCACUGAGUAUUGUAGAUUGCAUGAAUGAUAUUUUAAGUCACAUUAACAUAAUCUUUGCGUAUGUGUAUAUCUGAAAUAUAAGUUCCUUCGGACAUACUUUAUUUUUGGCCCUAGUAUAGGAAGCAAUAAUUAUUAUUAAGUAAUUUAUCAUAUCGGCUGUUUAUUAAUAAUUUAUAUUCUGCGUCACCAUAUUCCAGAUCCCUAAUCCUACGAAAUGCAUAAAUGUAACAGCUAACUUACCAGCUAUUAAUAGAUAGGAGUUUAUUGAGGCAAUAUUUAAUGGCUUGUAAAUGACGUUGUUUAUUGGACCUUAAAAUCUCUAGUCAUGGAGAAUAAUGCAUUAAUGUGCUUUUUAGAAGUACUGAUAAUAAACAGCCAAUUUGCAUUAUUUGCAGCCAAUUUGCAGCUAGUUUGCAUUUUAGUUAAUACUAAGAAUUGGUCCUUAGAAUAAGAUGUUAACCUUUUUGACAUAUAUCUGUAGGGGUCUAUUCAUUUAAGCAUAACCAUGUCUGAAUUUUUAGAUCUCUGAUGAUUGAAAAUGAUCCUUAUUGCUGUACCUAUUGUCUUUGCACUAAAUCAUGUGUUCCUGUCUUUGCACAUCACAUAUCUCUACCAAUAAUUAUUCCAUCUUUGUAACCUGCCUUCAUACAGUUGUCUGUAUGCUGGGUAUGUUUGAAAGCUGUCAUUUCUUGUAAGCUCAUCCGUAUUAAGAUCAAUAAAAAAAAAUUCUGAAAA